GCAAGCUAGCUAAUCUACUUCUAGCUCUCCUCUUAUUCUUCUUGCUCUCCGGCAGCAAAUCGAGCUAGCUCCACUUCAUUAAGCCAAGCCUCACACCUCCUACAAAAAUGGGCAGCUUGGACACCAACCCAAUGUCCUUCUCCGCCUUGCCCAGCGACAAGGCCGCGUUUGAGCCGCUCAACCCCGAAGAUGUUCGCGCAUACCUCCACAAAGCCGUCGACUUCAUCUCUGACUACUACACCAACAUCGAGUCCAUGCCCGUUCUUCCUAACGUGAAGCCGGGAUACCUGCAAGAUGAGCUCAGCGUGUCGCCGCCGACUUACUCUGCGCCGUUCGAUGUCACCAUGAAGGAGCUCAGGACCUCCGUUGUUCCCGGCAUGACACACUGGGCUAGCCCCAACUUCUUCGCCUUCUUCCCCUCCACCAACAGCGCCGCUGCCAUCGCUGGGGACCUCAUCGCCUCUGCCAUGAACACCGUCGGGUUCACGUGGCAGGCCUCGCCAGCAGCCACUGAGAUGGAGGUUCUUGCUCUCGACUGGCUUGCGCAACUCCUGCGCCUACCUACCACCUUCAUGAACCGCACAAGCACUGGCCGUGGAACCGGUGGUGGGGUCAUCCUUGGAACAACGAGCGAGGCAAUGCUCGUCACGCUAGUUGCCGCCCGUGACGCAGCACUGCGUCGGAGCGGCUCUGUCGGUGUAUCCAACAUCUCACGCUUAGUUGUGUACGCUGCCGACCAAACCCACUCCACGUUCUUCAAGGCAUGCCGCCUCGCAGGCUUCGACCCCGCCAAUAUCCGCUCCAUCCCCACCGGGCCGGAAACUAACUACGGGCUCGACCCGGCCAAGCUUCUCGAGGUAAUGCAAGCUGAUGCCAAUGCUGGUCUCGUGCCAACAUAUGUCUGCGCCACAGUGGGCACCACAUCUUCCAACGCCGUCGACCCGGUGGGAGCCGUUGCCGACGUUGCAGCCAUGUUCAAUGCAUGGGUCCACGUCGAUGCUGCCUAUGCUGGCAGCGCGUGUAUCUGUCCGGAGUUCCGCCACCAUCUCGACGGCGUCGAGCGCGUGGACUCCAUCAGCAUGAGCCCACACAAAUGGCUUCUCACGUGUCUCGAUUGCACCUGUCUCUAUGUCCGUGAUGCUCACCGACUAAGCGACUCGUUGGAGACCAACCCGGAGUACCUCAAGAACGACGCUACCGAUUCCGGUGAGGUCACUGAUCUUAAAGACAUGCAGGUCGGCGUUGGUCGGCGCUUUCGUGGGCUCAAGCUUUGGAUGGUCAUGCGAACCUAUGGUACCGCAAAGCUCCAAGAGCACAUCCGUAGUGAUGUCGCCAUGGCCAAGAUGUUUGAAGAUUUCGUCCGUGCCGACGAGAGGUUCGAGGUGGUCGUACCGAGGAACUUUGCUCUUGUGUGCUUUAGAAUCAAGGCAAGUGGAGCCAUGACGGAGGAGGAUGCCAAUGAGGCCAACCGUGUGCUAAUGGAUAAUCUGAACAAGACUGGGAAGGCUUAUCUUGCACACACGGUGGUUGGUGACAAGUUCGUUCUUCGAUUUGCCGUUGGGUCGUCACUGCAGGAGGAGAGACAUAUAAGAAGUGCUUGGGACCUCAUCAAGAAGACUACGAGCAGUAUCAUGGAUUAAGUGGAUGGACCUAUUGACACAGAAAGUUCCAGGAGCUACACAAAUCCCUAUAUUUUGGGUCUGAUUGUUCCUUUAAAUUUAUCUUUUUUGAUUCUGAUUAUUAUUUAUUUGUACAUGUGGUUCUUAUUCGGUUUUGUGAUCUAUACCGACUGAGGGUAUAUAUAUAGCAAGCCGUUACCAAAAAAGUUGAUGAUACAAUGUAAAAGUGCUUAU